UAUUAUCAAAUAUGUAACGAAGAUUCUGUAUGAUUGUGACAUCACUUAUAAGACCAUCCGUUAUGAACGGAUUUGAAACAACUGAACACAACAUCAACGGCGCCCUCAUCUCAGCCAAACGGCCCGAAAGUCUCAAUAAUUCAUUUGAUUCAAGUGUAGGCCAGACCUCUACUCACGUCACCUCAUCAUCAGGUGCUUCCUCUUCCUCUGAAAGAAUGAGGUCGGGAUCAACUGAUCUGCAACUAAACAGUGGCAUUAGUAGUACUACUACACCUCUAUGGACUUCCACAACAAAUAAUUAUGAUUUUGAUUUAUAUGCCAAUCAACACAACGGAACAGGCGGUGCCUCCUCUUCAUCGUCUUCAUGCUGUAUGCCAGUCGGUACCACAAACAAUAGCACUCAUACCCACCACCCGCCACCUCCAACUAAUACUGGUUCUUAUUAUUAUGGGAGUACAACACCCGAGGCCACGUCAAGCAGACCUUGUAAGCCGGCGCCCACUAAAUUCUGGUCAAACUCUGCAUAUGAAACAGCCGUUAACCCGUCUUCUCAAAUGCCCGGCGAUUCAAUAGUGGCGGCCGCUGUAUGUCAUGGCAGUGCGUUUGCAGCGGCAGCCGCACAUCACGCUGCGGCCAAUCAUGUAGCUGCUGCUGCAUCAGCUGCCUGGUGCAAUUACUCACCAUAUCAUCAAACUACAAGACCUGAUCCCUAUUUGACCGCAGAAACCGAUCACAGAUCAGCUUUUGUUGAUUCAUACCAUUCAGCCAUCAGAAGUUUCCCGAGCGUUGCUACCGAUCAGCCAUGCAGUGGAUCAGCUGUUGGAACUUGGAAUCAAUCGUCAACCGGAGCUCCUCAGACUUCAACACCUACCGGUGAUGCAUUGGCGGCAGCAGUACAUCAUCAUCACCACCACCAUCACGCUCAUGCGGCAGUAUUGCAUCACCAUGCCGCACUACUGGCCACCAAUGCGGCCGCUGCAGCACAGCUCGACUGGACGGGUGCUCCGGCUAACAACACUGGCCAUCACGUGUCGGUCCGCAAAAAGCGAAAACCGUAUUCAAAGUUUCAGACACUGGAGUUGGAAAAGGAGUUUCUGUUUAAUGCAUACGUUUCCAAACAGAAACGCUGGGAAUUGGCCCGCAAUUUGAAUCUAACUGAAAGACAGGUCAAGAUUUGGUUUCAAAAUAGACGAAUGAAAAGCAAAAAAACUUCUCAGAGAAAUACCGAUCGAAACAAAUGA